AUGGAGCCCCUUCUCUUCUCGCACCAAAACAUCUACAUCUCCCUCGCCUCUGCUAAAGCUAAGCACAGGCCAGGAAAUAGUAGUAGUACUGUCUUCCAAGGAAGCCAAAAUAUGCAGCAGCCACGUGAUGCGGCCGGCACCAAUGGCGGUGGCGGCUUCUCCUGGGUGUUCGUCCCCGUGAUGUUCGUCUUGCUCACCUUCAACUCCGUCAUGGCGGUGUACCACUCCCGGGGCGACGCGGCGAUGGUCGCCUUCGUCGCCACCUCCUACGCGGACCUGCUUCUACUCUUCUUCAGCCUCUGGCUCUACAAGAGGGCCACCCUCGGCUCCACCCGGAGGAACCGGCUCAAGGCAUCAGUGUGGAUUCUCACCACCAUGCUCACCUUCGCCUUCUCCUACAUGGUCAUGGGCGCGGCCGGGCUCACCCUCCCCGUGGCGCUGCUCGUUUGGUUCAUCGCGGCGGCCACCGGGAUCGGUGCCUUCUCGGCCUUCUUUGAGCAGGGCAGAAUCAACCCAGCACCACCGGGUGAACCCAUGCUGCUGCCACCGGUGUAGCCCAAGCUAGGAAUUACUAUAAGGGGAUAUGCUUUUGUGAUUCAUUCAGACGCAUGGAUUUUGCGAAGUUGUCAGGUUACGAUGGAGUUCAUACAUUGCUGGGUGGUUGUCUUGUACAUAGUUUUCUUCAGAAUCAUGAGCCGGUGCGUCUCAAGAAUAAAGAGAUAACGUGAUCUUCGUGGAAUCAUCAGCCGCUGUAUUUGUCCGUUCUAGGCGUGCGUCUAGAUAGUAUUGUGGUCAUGUGAGAUGUGACCACCAGGGAAAUAAAUGAAUUGAGCACUUGAAAAACAAGAU